AUGUUUCGUGGUCGAUAUAUACUAGUUCAACCAGAUACAUGUGUUACAGUCAUUCGUCGAGGUGGACUACGAUCAGUUGGAUCCAUAAUGAAGUGUUUAGCAUGGCCUGGAAACAGUGUUCAUUCACCUUGUAAUAUACCACGAGAGUCAACGAGGAUGUCUAAUGAAAGUGGGGAAAAUAUUGUAGAUGCACUGAAUCAGGAGUGGAAUUCUGGAGACGUAACACCUAAUGAAUUUGACCCAGGUUCACCAGAGCAAGACAGUGGAAAUGUCGAUAUUAUUACUAAGUGA